AUGGCAUCGAUAUCGUUCCGUGGCAACAACCAUGGGCUCCAGAUCGGAGAUAACCGUGGCUCGAUCAACGCAGAAUUCCAUCUGCCGCCGGAGCGACCGGAAACCCCGCCUAGCCCUCUAUCGACUGUUCCAUUCCCGCGCGAUCCACAUUUUGUCGCUCGCGACACGCUGCUCCAUAAGAUUCACGAGAAAGCCUCGGUGCCAGGGGGGAGGGUCGAGAAUAGCGCUAGUGGGUCUCGGCGGUGUCGGGUCCGAUCCAAAUCGCCAGCGACAUGGGUUUUCUGGGUCCAUGCAAGUAACGAAGCCCGAUUCGAAGAAAGUUUCCGGGACAUUGCGGACCAGGUUAAAAUCCCGGGGCGUCAAGAUCCUAAGACUGACAUAUUCAAAUUGGUCGAAAAAUGGCUCCGGAAUGAGAAAAUACGGAAAUGGGUAUGUAUCCUUGACAACGUUGAUGACGAUCAGCUUCUUGGCCCGGUUCCGGUGGUAGGCAAAGGAGAUCCGAUGAGAAGCCUAACGAACGCCUCGACAAAACCACUAUUAGAAUACGUCCCUAGAAGCCAAAAUGGAUCUAUCAUUAUCACCAGCCGAAACAGGAAGGUCGCACUAAAGAUAGUCCAUCACCAUGACCUUAUUGAGGUUAAACCCAUGGAAGGGUCUGAAGCACUUGAGCUUCUCCGAAGAAAGCUCGAACAACCAUGUGAUGGACAAGAAAGUCAACAGUUAGUGAACGCGUUAGAAUUCAUGCCGCUAGCGAUUGUACAGGCCGCUAGCUAUAUUCAAAUUCGGGCGCCUCGCUAUUCGGUGUCACAUUACCUAAGAGAUUUCCAAAAGAGUGACCGCGAAGCGACAAAGCUUCUGGAAGAAGAGGCAGGCUACCUUUACCGCGACUGGGAAGCAAAGAAUUCAAUUUUGGUAACUUGGCAACUAUCAUUUGACUAUAUACGUCAAACAAAGCCGUCUGCUGCGAAGUUACUUUCUUUUAUGAGCUUUUUCGAUCGGGAAGGGAUACCAGAGAACCUUAUCUUACGUCAACCUCAGGUCAACGAGAUAUCAAGUCCAGAACUUCCAAAUGAAUUCAGUGACAGGGAAACAUCUGAAUUUGAACUAGGUGCCGAUUUUGAAGAUAACGUCGCCAUACUAAGUAACUAUUCAUUUAUAUCUGUCAAGGAGAACAGCACUUCUUUUACGAUGCAUCGGCUGGUGCAACUGACUACACGCGCGUGGUUAAAAUCUCACGGACAAAUAGACCAUUGGAGGGAUAAAUUUAUCAGCACCCUCUGUGAAGAGUUUCCCACCGGUGAAUACGAAAACUGGGAGAGGUGCAGACCACUCUUUUCUCAUGUCAAGUCCGCAAUGUCACAACGGCCAAAUUCACUAGAGUCUUUAGAGCAAUGGGCGACUUUGCUUUUCAAGGGUGCAUGUACAAACAUGGUUGCAACAGCAUACUGGCUCGAGGGCCGGUGGGAGGAGUCCGAGCAACUCGAGGUGCAGGUGAUGGAGACUCGCAAGACGAAGCUCGGCGAGGACCAUCCCUCUACGCUAUCGAGUAUAGACAACCUGGCAUCGACAUACUGGAAGCAGGGUCGGUGGGAAGAGGCCGAGCAGCUCCAGGUGCACGUGAUAGAGAUGAGCAAGGUGACACUUGGCGAGGACCAUCCUGACACACUUACGAGUAUGGCCAACCUGACAGCGACAUACUGGAGCCAGGGCCGGUGGGAAGAGGCCGAGCAACUCGAGGUGCAGGUACUGCAUACUCGCAAGAAGACGCUUGGCGAGGAUCAUCCCGACACACUUAGGAGCAUAGGCAACCUGGCGUUGACGUACACAAAGCAGGGUCAGUGGAUAGAGGCCGAGAAAGUCCAAGUGCAGGUGAUGGAAUAUCGCAAGAGGAAGCUCGGUGAAGACCACCCCUCUACGCUUUCGAGUAUGAGCAAGCUGGCAUUGACGUACCGGGGCCAGGGUCAGUGGGAAGAGGCCGAGAAGCUCCAGGUGCAGGUGAUGGAGACGAGUAAGAUGAAGCUCGGCGAGGAUCAUCCCGAUACGCUUAUGAGUAUGAACAACCUGGCGUUGACGUACAGGGACCAGGGCCAAUUAGGAGAGGCCGAGAAGCUCCAGGUGCAGGCGAUGGAGACGAGCAAGGCUAAGCUCGGCGAGGACCAUCCCCACACAAUUUCGAGGAUAGCCAACCUAGCAUCAACAUAUGUGGAACAGGGUCGGUGGGAAGAGGCCGAGCAGCUCCAGGUGCAGGCACUGCACACUCGCAAAACGAAGCUCGGCGGGCGUGGUGGGCUGGCUCCGGUGCAAACGCUGAAAGAUCACCUUUUCUUGUCACUAGAGGACUAG